AUGUCUUCAAUGUUGUUUGAUUCGAAUGAUGAUUAUGAAACAUCGAUAAAAUUCAAAUCAUUAUUAAUGUCAAUAUUUUUAUCAAUAUUAUAUCCAUCAUCAUUAUAUGUUUGGCGUGAUACAUUACGUAUUGAUCGUAAUGAUCCAUUUAUAAUAAAAAGAAAUUUUUUUAGCUUUACAAUUGCAUUGUUGAUAUCAUCAAAAUUAUUAACCAUAUUUCGUCAUUCGACUGGUACUGUUCCAGAUAAUUAUCAUUCAUUUUAUGAUUAUUUUAUCUAUAAACAUUACCAGAAUAAUUGGAAUCUAUUUAUCGAAUGUAUAUUUCAACCGUUAAUAUUUAUAACAAUAUUAUUUAUUGGACCAAUUUGUUGUGAUUUAAAUCUAAAUGAAAUAUUAAAUGAUGAUAUUCCACGUAUAGAUAAACAAUAUUUUCGUCAAUUAUUACGUUCAUUUGAUAAUCAAUCAAUAUUGAAAAUAAUAAGAAAUCUUAUUGUUGCACCAUUUACUGAAGAAUUUUUAUUUCGUGGUAUUCUUUUGGCUAUUCUGUCGCCAUUUUGGUCAAAAUUUUCAUGUAUCCUGAUAUCAUCAAUAUUAUUUUCAUUAAUGCAUUCACAUUCAUGUUUAGCUAAAUAUGUUUGUGGUAAUUCUACAACAACAACAAAUUUUGAUGAUGAUUUUAUAACAACAAUUAUACAAUGUAUUUAUACCGGUUUAUUUGGUAUUAUUGCUUCCGUACAAUAUCUAUCAUCUGGACAUUUGAUUACACCAUUUUUAUUACAUUUUUUCUGUAACUUGAAUGGUUUACCUGAAUUUAAUCGUAUAUUUGAAAAUCGUUUCUAUUCAAUACUAACUACUAUUGGUUUUUUUAUUUGGUUAUAUUAUUUUCUUUUUCGAAUGAUAAUAAUGGAUAAAUUAAAAAUUCGUACCAUCCAACAUUAUGAACAUCAUAAUCGACAACAAUUAUGUCAAACAAGAUCCAGAUAUCGUCAAGGUAGAAAAUUAACUGCAAUAAAAGUUUUUACUAUUGCUGAUGAAUCCCGAUAUAUUCUAAUACAAAAAGUACCAAAAUUAUCUGGUGUUAAUGUUCGUAAGGAUUUACGUGAAAUUUGUGAAAAAUUCGGUAAAAUUGAACAAUUUGAAUUGGUUAAUUAUCCCGAUAACAUCGAAGAACAUCGACAAGAAUCAUUUGAAAAUAUUUACCUAAUUAAAUAUGAUCGAAUAACGGAUGCAAUUCGAGCGAAAAAACAUCUGGAUGAUCGUGAAUUUCUUGGAUCAAUUUUACAUGUUUGUUAUUCACCUGAACAUGAAACUAUGGAUGAUAUUCAGAAAAAAUUAUCCGAACAUAAACGUUAUGUUGAUAUAAAAUUAGCACAAUAUAAAAAUUUAUUGAAAAAAAAGAAGAAAGAAAAUUAAUCAUUUAAAAACAACUACGUUCAAUUCGA